AUGUUCAUCUCGGCUCUAUUCUGCAAUGAAGAGUCCGAGCAGGAGUUGGCAAUCAACAUCAAGAAGGCGACGAACCCGGACGAGACCGCACCCAAACGAAAGCAUGUGCGCAGUUGCAUCGUGUACACAUGGGACCACAAGUCCGGCCAGUCCUUCUGGGCCGGCUUGAAAGUACAGCCCAUUCUUGCUGACGAGGUCCAAACCUUCAAAGCCUUGAUUAUGGUCCACAAGGUCAUUCAAGAAGGCCACCCCAACGUAAUCAGAGAAGCUCUGGCGAAUAGAGGAUGGAUCGAGAGUCUGAACAGAGGCAUGGCCGGAGAGGGCAUGCGUGGAUACGGCGCGCUUAUUAAGGAAUAUGUCUACUUCCUGCUCGCAAAGCUCUCGUUUCACCAGCAACAUCCCGAGUUCAACGGAACUUUCGAGUACGAAGAGUACCUCAGCUUGAAGUCAACCAACGAUCCAAACGAGGGCUAUGAGACCAUCUCAGACCUCGCGACCCUUCAAGACAAGAUAGACCAGUUCCAGAAACUGAUCUUCUCCCACUUCCGCAACGUCGGCAGCAACGAGUGCAGGAUAUCAGCCCUGGUACCGCUGGUGGCAGAAAGCUAUGGUAUUUACAAGUUUAUCACUAGCAUGCUGAGAGCCAUGCACUCGAUGACCGGUGACGUGGAAGUGUUGGAGCCGCUUCGUUCCCGUUACGACGCCCAGCAUUAUCGCUUGGUCAAAUUCUACUACGAAUGCUCAAAUCUUCGUUACCUCACGAGCUUGAUCACAAUUCCCAAGUUGCCUCAGGACCCACCAAACCUGCUUGCUGAGGACGAGAAUGCGCCAAAGCUGCCUGCAAGGCCGAAGCAGGAGAUUGAGCGAGCACCAACACCCCCGCGGCAGCCCAAGAACGAAGAGCCGGACGAAAUUUCCGAGUUCUGGAAGAACGAAUUGGAGCGCCAAAACCGAGAAUACGAGGAACAGCAGCGAGUUCUGGAGGCGCAGCAGCUAUCACAACAGCAGGCGCAACAGCAGGCGGCGCUUCAGGCACAGCGCGAGUUCGAGGAGCAGCAGCGACGACUAGCGGAGCAACAGCGCAUGCAGCAAGAAGCUCUGAUGGCUCAGCAGGCACAGUCUUUUACGCAGGGACGCCUUGCAGAGCUGGAACAGGAAAACCUCAGGGCAAGAGCUCAGUACGAACAGGACCAGCUGAUGCUACAGCAGUAUGACCAGCGAGUCAAGUCUCUCGAGGGAGAACUGCAGCAGUUGCAGAACAACUACGGACAGCAGAUUUCGAGCAAGGACGACCAGGUUCGCGCUCUGCAAGAACAGGUGAACACUUGGCGCACGAAGUACGAGGCGCUGGCGAAGCUGUACUCGCAGCUGCGGCAUGAACACCUCGAUCUUCUGCAGAAGUUCAAGUCUGUACAGCUGAAGGCGGCAUCGGCUCAAGAAGCCAUUGACCGACGUGAGAAGCUCGAGCGCGAGAUCAAGACCAAAAACCUGGAGCUGGCAGACAUGAUCCGCGAGAGAGACCGGGCGCUUCAUGAGAAAGACCGACUUACGGGGUCAAACAAGGACGAGCUCGAGAAGCUCAAGCGAGAACUGCGCAUGGCACAUGACCGCGCAGACAACCUCGAGCGGAGCAAGGGCAACGAGCUCUCUACGAUGCUGGCCAAGUACAACCGGGAGAUGGCAGAUCUCGAAGAGGCGUUGCGAAACAAAAACCGUGCUCUCGAGGAGGCACAGGCCAAUGUCAGAAACGGCAGCGCCGACCUAGAGCAGCUUCUGCGUGACAAGGAGGAGGAGCUCGAGGUCUACAAGGCCGGCAUGGACCAGGCGCUGGUUGAACUCAAUGAGCUCAAGCAGAACCAGGGAGACACAGACCAGGUCCUCGAUGGGCAGCUGGACGCCCUCAUCAUGGCCAACCUGGACAAGAUCAACGAGAUCAUCGACUCAGUCCUCCAGUCCGGUGUCGCUCGUGUGGACGACGCCACUUACGAGCUUGACUCCACCAUGCAAGCUGGUAACCAGAACGCAUCUCCAUCGUAUGUGCUUUCUCAGAUUGAGAAGUCAUCCUCGAGCGCCAUGGAGUUCGCGACGGCGUUCAACAACUUCAUUGCCGAUGGACCUAAUGCUGCCUACGGCGAUCUGAUCAAGGCGAUCAACGUGUACGCCAGCUCAAUCGCCGAUGUGUGCAACAAUACCAAGGGUCUCACCCGCCUCGCCACGGAUGAGAAGAAGGGCGAGUCGUUGAUAAACGGGGCACGCCAGUCUGCACUGUCGACGGUCAAGUUCUUCCGUGGACUGCAAAGCUUCCGGCUGGAAGGCAUGGAUCCUAUCCAGAAGACCGAUGUUGUCAUCAACAGCAACAACGAUGUUCAGAUGAACCUCCAGAAGCUGAACAAGCUGGUCGAGACAUUUGCGCCUGGAUUUGGCAAGCUUGCGAACAAGGGUGACCUCGGCGACCUCGUCGAGUCAGAACUGAGCAAGGCUGCCGAUGCGAUCGCCGCGGCGGCGGCGCGAUUGGCGAAGCUCAAGAACAAGCCUCGCGACGGCUACUCGUCAUAUGAGCUCAAGGUGCACGAUUCCAUCCUGGAUGCAGCUCUAGCAAUCACAGACGCCAUCACGCGCUUGAUCAAAGCGGCGACCGCAACGCAGGACGAAAUUGUGCAGGCUGGCCGCGGUUCAUCCUCGCGCACGGCAUUCUACAAGAAGAACAACCGAUGGACGGAGGGUCUCAUCUCGGCCGCUAAGGCCGUGGCAACCUCCACAAACCGGCUGAUUGAGACGGCCGACGGCGUGCUCUCUGGGCGCAACAGCCCAGAGCAGCUGAUCGUGGCGUCUAACGACGUGGCAGCCUCAACGGCGCAGCUGGUGGCCGCAUCUCGCGUCAAGGCUGGAUUCAUGAGCAAGUCCCAGGAGAGCCUGGAGCAGGCCAGCAAGGCUGUCGGUGCGGCGUGCCGCAGCCUGGUGCGACAGGUGCAAGCCAUGAUCAAGGACCGCCAGGGCGAGGAGGAGCAGGUGGACUACACCAAGCUGGGGGCGCACGAGUUCAAGGUGCGGGAGAUGGAGCAGCAGGUCGAGAUCCUACAGCUCGAGAACGCUCUGUCAUCUGCCCGGCACCGGCUGGGAGAGAUGCGCAAGAUUUCGUACCAGGAGGAAUAA